CCAGAGCUCGCAAUAAUGUGCAUAUAAUCUUUAUAAAUAAUGAAAUGUGAAACUGGUUUGAAGCGAGCUCAUUGUGAUGUUUUCGAUCAAUCGAUAAUGCAAGAAAACGCAUCGGCAGCGCUCGCAGAAGCUCAAGGUCUCGAGCGAGCCCAUAGUGAAAUCGUCCAACCAAAACGAAAGCGAACUGAAUCAGACAGAUCCUUCACUCAUUCAUAUUAGUAUAUCAAACAAUUAGUGUAUCAAUACUUAUGUUAUAUCAUUACCAGUAUUAUAUUACUUGCAUUUUCAUUGUUUUGUUAUCCGGUCCAUCAAGGUUCUUACAAUACUAUUGCUACCGCACAUGAUACGUAUCGCUGUUCUUGAAGGGAUGUCAAUAAUUAUACAGUCGAUACAUUUCAUAUGAUCAUGUGUGUCACUGCACACACUGUCCACCACUGGCGUUUCCAUCCUGGAUUUGCAAUCGCAAAAACGCAAGAGACUAACC